GCCGGAAGCACAGCGCCGGAGCGGGCCGUGCCUUGGCCCCCGGCGUUCCUCGGCUGAGAGGUGAGGUUCCGGAGGGGUUGGGGUCAGCUGGCGGUCGUCCAGCGUGUCCUUGCACGUUCCUGAACCCCGUCCGCCCUCCGGCCACUUCAGGGGGCGGGUCGGAGGUCCCGGGACUCCCCACGCCUGGGCUGGUCCCGCGCUCCGGACGGUUGCCGGGCAGGGGCGCGGCGGAGCGUUUGGCGCGGAAGUUGCCGGGAGCCGCGGGCCGGGGUCGCGCACCUCUCUGCCCGCGACGGCCUCCUGCCUGGCCUGAGAGGUGGCCGGGGUCGCCGGGGUGCAGUCAUGCAGGAAAACCUCAGAUUUGCUUCGUCAGGAGAUGAUAUUAAAAUAUGGGAUGCUUCAUCUAUGACAUUGGUGGAUAAAUUCAACCCACACACUUCACCACAUGGAAUCAGCUCAAUGUGUUGGAGCAGCAAUAAUAACUUUCUAGUGACAGCGUCUUCCAGUGGUGACAAAAUUGUUGUUUCAAGUUGCAAAUGUAAACCUGUACCACUUUUAGAGCUUGGUGAAGGGCAAAAGCAGACAUGUGUCAGUUUGAAUUCAACAUCUAUGUAUUUGGUAAGCGGAGGCCUAAAUAACACUGUUAAUAUUUGGGAUUUAAAAUCAAAAAGAGUUCAUCGAUCUCUUAAGGAUCAUAAAGAUGAAGUAACUAGUGUAACAUAUAAUUGGAAUGAUUGCUACAUUGCUUCUGGAUCUCUCAGUGGUGAAAUUAUUUUGCACAGUGUAACCACUAAUUUAUCUAGCACUCCAUUUGGUCAUGGUAGUAACCAGCCUGUUCGGCACUUGAAGUACUCCUUAUUUAAGAAAUCACUACUGGGCAGUGUUUCGGAUAACGGGAUAGUAACUCUCUGGGAUGUGAAUAGUCAGAGUCCAUAUCAUAACUUUGACAGUACACAUAAAGCUCCAGCUUCAGGCAUCUGUUUUUCUCCUGUCAAUGAACUGUUAUUUGUAACCAUAGGCUUGGAUAAAAGAAUCAUUCUUUAUGACACUUCAAGUAAGAAGCUAGUGAAAACUUUAGUGGCUGACACUCCUCUAACUGCAGUAGAUUUCAUGCCUGAUGGAGCCACUUUGGCUAUUGGAUCUUCCCGUGGGAAAAUAUAUCAGUAUGAUUUAAGGAUGUUGAAAUCACCGGUUAAAACCAUCAGUGCUCACAAAACAUCUGUGCAGUGUAUAGCAUUUCAGUACUCCACUGGUCUUUCUAAGUCAAGUUUAAAUAAAGGCUGUUCAAAUAAGUCCUCAGCUUUGAACAAACGAACUGUCAAUGUGAGCGCUACUAGUGGAGGAGUUCAGAAUUCUGGAAUUGUUAGAGAAGCAACCACCACUUCCAUUGCCACAGUUCUACCACAGCCCAUGACAACAGUUGUGGGGAAAGGAACAGCUGCUGCUCAGGACAAAGCAGGUUUGCCUCGAAGCAUCAACACAGAUAUUUUGCCCAAGGAAACAGACAGUGGACAAAAUCAGGAUUUCUCCAGCUUUGAUGAUACUGGAAAGAGUAGCUUAGGUGACAUGUUCUCACCUAUCAGAGAUGAGGCUGUAGUUAACAAGGGAGGUGAUGAGUCCGUAGCCAAAGGAGAUGGCCUUGACUUUUUAACACACUUGAACUCAGUGUUUCCUCCAAGAAAACAUCCAGGAGCUUCUAGCACUUCAGUAUUGCAUUCCAGUCCUCUCAAUGUCUUUAUGGGAUCUCCAGGGAAAGAAGAAAAUGAAAAUCAUGAUCUGACAGCUGAAUCUAAGAAAACGUAUCUGGGAAAACAGGAACCUAAAGACUCCUUCAAACAGUUUGCAAAGUUGAUCUCCGGUGCUGAAACUGGAAAUCUAAAUACCUCUCCAUCAUCUAACCAAACAAGAAGCCCUGAGAAAUUUGAAAAGCCAGAGAAAGAAAAUGAAGCCCAGUUACAAUAUGAACCUACAAUCAAUGGGUCCUCAACUCCAAAUCCGAAGUUAGCAUACUCUGUCACUGCUGGAGUUGCCAGUUCACUAUCAGAAAAAAUAGCUGAUACCAUUGGAAAUAAUCGACCAAAUGCACCAUUGACAUCCGUUCAAAUUCGUUUUAUUCAGAACAUGAUACAGGAAACAUUGGAUGACUUUAGAGAAGCAUGUCAUAGGGACAUUGUGAAUUUGCAAGUGGAGAUGAUUAAACAGUUUCAUAUGCAGUUGAAUGAAAUGCACUCUUUGCUGGAAAGAUACUCAGUGAAUGAAGGUUUAGUGGCUGAAAUUGAAAGACUAAGAGAAGAAAACAAAAGACUCCGGGCCCACUUUUGAAAUUUCAGUGAAUCCCUUAAUGUUUUUUAAUUUAGGAAGUUUCUGGCAACACAGAAAUACAUGGAAUCAUUAUUUUUUUCAUGGCCUCUGGGAAAAUAAUUUUUUUUUCAAGUAAAAGGGUAAUGGGAUUUUAUACCAACCAGUAUUUCAUCUUCUCUGACUGUCAAAAAUAUUUAUAUUUUUAUAUUAAAAGCUGUACAAUGUAUCAUCUGCAAAUAGGAAAGUCAAUAGGAUCUUUAUUUUCUGAAAGCUUUAGCUAAACACUAAGUGCCCUUUUUCAUAAGAAAAGAAAAUUGUGCAAAAAAAUAGGUUAUGGAUAUUUUAAAAUCACCUUUUUUUACUGAUAUAUUUUUGAUUGACAGUUGCUUUUCAAAUAUGUUUGGAUAUUUCCGGAUUAAACUGUUUGAUAUGCAUUCUAUUUUUAUGGAGAAAUUUUAAAAUGGCAAUUGGUGCUUCUAAGCAACUGACUAAUAAAAUACAAGGUUGGUUAGUAAUUAUUUUAACUUGAUAAAUCAAUUAUGGCUAUUAUUUAUUUGUUGUAUAUUUGAUAAGACAAUUUUUGGAAUUUUCAGUUGCACAGAUUACAUUAUAUCUAUUGCAUUUAUGUUACUGUAUUGUACUUCUGACAAAUCUGUACUCCUGGUUGGUAAUUUUUUUUAGCUAACUUCACUUUACCUAUGAAAAUUUUUAAGGAUUUGUAAGAUUCAACUAGAGCUGCGUAUCUGCUGAUGAUCUCACAAAUUAAUAACAAGCAAAAUUAUACUAUAAAGUUUCAACCAAAAUGAUUCAACUUAUAAUCAGUGAAAAUUUCAUAGUAAAAACUAAAUAUUACUAUAUUUUUGCCAUUUUUUUCUCCCACGAGAAGUGUGGAUUUUUUUUUGUUUGUUUUGUGGUUUAUAUCACUAACUUUCUCUAAUUCUUUGUGUGCUGUGUGUAAUUUUUUAUAUUGUUGACUUAACCAUAAAAUUUAUAAAGGUUAAUUGUCAAAAGAAUUUAUACCUCUUUGACAAUAGAUGGAUGUGUACAUUUACCUGCUGUGAUCUACAGUUUUUGUGGUAUAAGAUUAGGUGGGUUACUGGCUUGUUUACCUUCUGUAGUCUCUUGUCCCAAAGAUUUAAAUUAUGUACCUUAUGUAUAGUAUUCCUGCCCAAUUUUGACUUCUGAGAUGAAAAUAUUUACUGAAAUAAAAAGGAAAUUGAGCUAGCUUACUAACUGUAUGGUUUUCCAAAGCAGUGGAAAUUUUUGAGGAUAUUUUUAAUAAAUGUAAACAUACUAAUAAUUACUUCAAGGAAUAAAAACAAAUACUACUUUU